AGUAUCAUAUAUGUAAUGCUAAUAUUUGUCCAGCAGAGGGUACUGCAGGCUAGUUAGUCACUGUGCUUAUUGGGUUAAUUCCUGCACAUUGAGAGGGGCGUGCACAUCAUUAAAAGGUAAUUCUAGUGAUGUCCGUUUUAAUUUGGCAUUGUAUUACUUUUAUGAUCCUUGGGACGGAUGAUCUAAAUGUUGAUUUGUAGCAGCGAUAUAUUUUUUUAUCGGCAAUUGAGUUGCUUUAUCAAUAAGAACUACUUCCUGGGCAAUAGCUGGCGUAGCAGCCGGGCUGCAUGUCAUCAGGCAGCCCACAAUGAAGGACGUCAUCUCACUUCUUUGCAUGAUCUCGGAAGCUUGUGCGGUUUUUUUUCCUUUUUUGAGCGUCUAAGAGAGUGUGAUCAUAAAGGAGAAGAAUGGCGGGACCCUCGUCGGUGGAGGCUGUCAAACGAAAAAUACGAUCUUUGCAAGAGCAGGCGGACUGUGCGGACGACAGAGCCCAAAGAUUACAACACGAGUUGCAUGAGCAGCUCAAAGCCAGGGAGCAAGCUGAGGGUGAUGUGGCUUCCCUCAACAGACGCAUCCAGCUGGUGGAGGAGGAGCUGGACCGUGCUCAGGAGCGUCUGGCCACCGCCCUGACCAAGCUGGAGGAGGCAGAGAAAGCCGCUGAUGAGAGCGAGAGAGGCAUGAAGGUCAUUGAGAACAGGGCCAUGAAGGAUGAGGAGAAGAUGGAGAUCCAGGAGAUCCAGCUCAAGGAGGCCAAGCACAUUGCUGAGGAGGCUGACCGUAAAUACGAGGAGGUGGCUCGUAAGCUGGUCAUCAUUGAGGGUGACCUUGAGCGUACGGAGGAGCGUGCUGAGCUGUCAGAAAGCAAAUGCGCUGAGCUGGAGGAAGAGUUGAAAACUGUGACCAACAACCUGAAGUCACUGGAGGCCCAGGCUGAGAAGUACUCACAGAAGGAGGACAAAUACGAGGAGGAGAUCAAGGUCCUCACAGACAAGCUGAAGGAGGCUGAGACUCGUGCUGAGUUUGCUGAGAGAUCAGUAGCCAAGCUUGAGAAGACCAUUGAUGACCUGGAGGAUGAGUUGUAUUCCCAGAAACUGAAGUACAAGGCCAUCAGCGAGGAGCUGGACCACGCCCUCAAUGACAUGACUUCCAUGUAAUUUUUUUCCCCCCCGACCCGCCGUGCCUUCUCGUUUCAUGUUAUGCGGUUAUUCUGAGUACUACAUCCUGGAGCUGACAUCAGCUCGCCGGGAUGCUGCUGUAUGUUACUACGUUACAUUGUUUACUCAGCCUUGAAAACAAUGUAUUUCUAUGUGUGAGUAUUCUCUAUGCCAAUUUAUGAGUAAGGUCAUGCAUGACACAUAGAAUAGCAUGGACCUCCAAUUUCUAGUCAUCAGUCAUACAGCAAAGUGGCAUCCUUAGCAAAGCAUGUAAAUCACUGUAGCCCCGAGCGUUUCCUCUUUUGAUUGAUUGUCUACUAAUAUGUCCAGCUACCCCCCCCCUCCACACCCUCACAUUAAAUCACCCACCCUCCUCAUUUGCUCUGUUUUGUGGCGUGACUCUGUUUUGAUGUUCCGUCUGUUUCACUCUACCUCUUCUCUCCUCCCCCUCACACAGAUAAAUUGUUUACAUCUCAUCAAAGACGCCUCCUUCCGGCUGAGUGGCAUCUGUCCGCCCUCUCCAGCCGUCCCUCCAUCUUCCUUUCCCUCCUCUCAUCUGUGCUUUUCCCAUCAUCGUGUUUGUUCUCAUCCUCAUAUCAAAGUCCAUCCCAUCUCUUGUACAGAAUCCUAAAAUCGUUCUGCGUUGUGUAAAAAAAAAAAAAAGAAUAAACCUCAUCCCUUCUAUGUACGCUGUAUCUCUUUACUCUCUCCCUAUUUAUUUCAAGUGGCUCAACCUAGAAGCCUUUCUUUUUAUGUUCUGUCUCUAUUUUUCUUUUCCCCUCCACUCCUUUUCAUGUUUUAACAUCGCAGAGCGUGGACAAUGCUUAAGCCGAGACUUAACGCUAAUUACUGCAGCAGGGAAUCUUAGUUGGGGUAUUUUGGGAGAUUUGGAAGAUGUCGGUAAAGUAGUGAGAUGAUGGAGAACAUCGAGUUGGAUAAAACAGAUUGAGAAGCUUCGUCUGCCUCUCUGUUGCAAUAUUAUGACACCUGGGCAUUGUACGUGAUGCAGUAUUUCAAUAAAUGUAAAAUGGAAAUACGCUGAGUCUUCUUGAAAGUGAGUGUAUGCGGCAAAAGUGGUGCUUCAGCCUUCAACAUUUACAUCAUUCAUUUACCAAUUUGGUUAUAGUUUAGCUCAGACUAACAUUCAACUUGUUAAAAAAAACUUGUUAAAGUUGUGCUUUGCCUGGAUCAUAGGCACCUGAACCAAUGAUUCAUGGUAUACACGCUCUUCUCACAGUUAAAAUGUUUUUUUAAAAAUGUUGGCCAAAACUCAAUAACUCAAAAUAAAAAAACUGUACUCUGUGCACAGUAGUUGAAAUGGUGUAUUGCUCAGCCCAUUGUUAACUUUUUAAAAAUAUAUUUUAGCUGUAAAUGACACAAGAAAGUGGCAAAAGACUGUAAGAAGUAUUGUUAGAAAUACAAGUAAAAGUACUUUCUAUUUUCAUUGUUUUCUUAAUUGACAAUUUUGUGGAAAAAGCAACCUUUUUCAUUGUUUAUAAAUGGUCCUGAUAUCUCGUAACAUAGAGCAGGGUUUUUUCAAAGUGUGGCACUGUUGACCUUCCUCAGAGAAUAUAAUACAGCUGCUGUCCAAAGAAUUAAUUUUCUGCAGCAUAUUUUGUCUUUUCUGCUCCUCCCUAUACGUUAAAGGAAGUGCAAAUGGCUGUCUGGCUUUUUUAUGGCUUUAAACAGCUGUAGGCUUUUCUUUACUUUAAUAUUUUUAUUAUUCUGUUGUCUCUGAAGAUAAUUGUUCUUAACACAAGUUCCAGUUGUCAUUCUAAUGUCAUUCAAAUACUCACUUUAGCUUCAAAUUUCACCACUUUAUCAAUAAUUUGGUGCUUAACUCUAUGCAGAUUUGAAUCAAUCAUGUUAUUCUAAAGCCCAUCCAGUGUUUUUAAAUGUCUCCACCCUGAUUAUCUUUUCUAGCAAAGGUAGGCUUUGCAUUUUGUCCGGAUUUUUGAGUUUGUUUUGUUUGGCCUCUACCUAAAACUGCCGUGUCACUAAUGUAUGCCUCGGCCUUCAAUUGGGGCAAUUUCUUUUUAUUUUAAAUGUACUUACAAGUGUGUGACUUGCAUAUAUAUAUUUUAAAAUCAUUCUGAUCCCAUUUAUUACCAACUACAGCAAGAAUCAUCAAUUUUGCUUGUGUUUUUAUUCAUCUGAAUAACAAUGUUGUCGUUUUUGUCACCCUAUUUUUGAGUGCUGUGUAGCGCUGGUUAAAACACUUGCACGUUAAUAACUAAUAUAGCAAGCAUGCUUCUUAACAGUUAAUCUUG